AAAAAAAUGGCGGAAAGUGCAACUCGCAAGUAUGUCGUCGCGGAGCACAACUACGACGAGAGUCUGCUCGAGAAACUAGAACGCUACAAGCCAGGCGGCUAUCACCCCGUCGCCAUCGGAGACUUGCUUGGAGAAUCCGACCGGUACCGCGUGGUCCACAAACUCGGUCACGGCGGUUAUGCAACGGUUUGGUUAUGCCACGACAAGUUUUCCAACAAGUGGCGCGCCGUCAAGAUCGUGAUGGCAAACGCAUCAAGGCUCGACUGUCCUGAUUUGAUGGCCAUCGAACGAUUCCGCGGUGUCGACCCAAAGGUUCUGGAGGCAAACCACAUUCAGUUGCCCCUCGAGCACUUCUGGAUGAACGGACCCAACGGGCGCCAUCUCUGCCUUGUGCUUCCGUUUCUUGGCCCAAACCUGAACUAUCUGUUCACGGCAUACGGCCACUUGACCGAAAUGCUGAAGGACAUCUGCUUUCAAGCGGCACAGGCACUCAACUAUGUGCACUCUCUGGAGCUUUGCCAUGACGACUUCCGCCCCGAAAACAUUCUCCUUCGGCUCGCUGACGGGGCUGGGCCAGAGGUCGACUACCUUGGCUUUCAUCCCACUGCCGGAAAGGGUUGGAAGGAGCGCUUGGCCGAAACCCCUCUGCUAGAUCCUGAAGAGAUCGAGCCAGGCGUUCCUCGCUAUCUUGUCCUUCCCGCAGCCACGCACUAUGGGGCUGGUAUCUACUCCAACCAGAUUGCCCUCAUUGAUUUUGGCGUCUCGUACCCCGUCAGAGAGCCACCAGUGGGUAAAGGCACGGGCAUCCCAUUGCCUUACGCACCACCGGAGGGACUAUUUGCAUUGGACCAAUUACUCGGCUUCCACAGCGACAUAUGGUCUCUGGGCUGCACCAUGCUCCAGGUGCGGCUCGGCUUUCUGCCAUUUGGGACUUUCCUCGACUCAUUUCUGGAGCAGAUCGAAGGUCUUGAGUGGGUCUUGGGUCCGUUGCCGAAUCCUUACAGGAAGGUCUGGAAAGAAUGGGACGGCGUAUUCGUCAAUCAUGACGAAGAGAGCGAAGACUGCGACUCGGAUGACGACAGCUGGAAAGAUGACGAGACUGUGCUAGCCACAGUCCCGACUUAUCAGAAGCUUGAACUGGAGCAGGAAAGGGCCGAAAAAUUGGAGAAGGAAAGAGGCGAAAAAGUGGGAGACGGAAACUGGCUGAAGUAUUUGAUGCUCAAAGGGCACGAGAUGGCUGUCAACAAGAGUAAGGCGGCGGAAAUUGCGGCUAAGGCGCAGGCAAGCCCACACCUGCUGCCGUCGUUCGAGCCCAAGAGCGAAAGAGAGCUGUACAGGGGCGAUGGAUACCGUUACACGAUGACCAGGGAUGAGUUCGAACAACUCCAUGACCUCUGCCAAAAGAUUUUCCAGUGGCAACCUGAGCAGCGGGCGACAUUGGACACGAUCCUCGCGCACGAGUGGUUUAAAGGGCGC